AUGAGAUUUCAGUCCUUACAACUUCCCAAUGGGAAGUACACGUCAGGAAACACUAUCAAGAAUGUUAUCCUUCUUCCAUUUGCUGUGCUUCUCAUCAUGUUCCCAUUUUCUCUUAUUAAAUACUCUUACUCUCAUCAAUCAUCUUCUAAGAUAUAUGCUAGCAGUUUGAAUAUGAACAGCACUGAAAUAAAACGAUGCAACAUCUUCUCCGGAGAAUGGGUUCCUUAUAGUAAAGGACCUUAUUACAAUAAUGAGACUUGCCAUUUGAUAAUAGACCAACAAAACUGCAUGAAGUUUGGAAGACCUGACAGAGAGUUCCUCAAAUGGAGGUGGAAACCUUAUGAAUGUGAGCUUCCACUCUUUGAUGCAACUCAGUUCUUAAAGCUUGUCAAAGGAAAGUCAAUGGCAUUUCUUGGAGACUCAGUGGGAAAAAACCAGAUGAAUUCAUUGUUGUGUCUCCUAAAUCACGUGGCUCAACCUGAGGAUAUUUCUGAGAGAUAUGUAACAGAUGCCAUAUAUUUCAGACGCUGGUUCUAUGGUGAUUACAAUUUCACCUUGGCAACACUCUGGUCCCCAUAUUUGGUGAGAGCCAGAGAUGCUGACCUCAAUGGUCAUUCUAACAACAGCCUCAUGAACCUGUAUCUAGAUAAGGCAGAUGAAGCAUGGGUUAAUGAGAUUGAAAAUUUUGACUUUGUCAUUAUCUCAGCUGGCCAGUGGUUCUUUCGGCCACUAGUGUUAUAUGAAAAUGGCCAAAUUGUUGGAUGCCACAAGUGUGGACAGAACAACAUUACAGAUGUUACUCACUAUUAUGGAUAUAGGAAGGCAUUCCGAACAGCAUUUAGAACUAUUCUUAAUCUCAAAGGGUAUAAGGGGGUGACAUUUUUUAGAACAUUCUCUCCAGCUCACUUUGAGAAUGCUGAAUGGAACAAAGGAGGGAGUUGUGAAAGGAUAAAGCCUUACACUAAGGAAGAAAUAAAGUUUGAAGGGUAUAUUCUUGAGACAUAUAUGAGUCAAGUGGAGGAGUUUAAAGCAGCACAAAAGGAUGCAAGGAAGAGAGGUUUGAAGUUUUUAAUGCUAAAUACAACUGAGAUUAUGCUGCGGAGGCCUGAUGGACAUCCCAAUAAAUAUGUAUGGGGACAUUCAAAGAACCAAAAUGUGACACAUAAUGAUUGUGUUCAUUGGUGUUUGCCAGGCCCUAUUGACAUAUGGAAUGAGUUUGUACUCUAUAUGUUGAAAAUGGAAAAUCAAAAAUCUUUUAUUUCAACGUUACAGAAAUUUGUAUAG